CUGUAAGCUGCAAUUUAAAAAUGGUUCAUUUUUAGGCUUCAGUUCCCAUUUAACAAGCACCCCACAAGCUUUUCACGAAGUCCGCUAGUGUUCAGUCCGCCCGCGCCCGUUAGCGGAAGGUAUAGGAGUGAUGUUGCUUCUAUUUCCUCUUUUUAAAAAAUCUUUCUUUAUUUCAGUUCAAUUUCAGGUGCACGCUUUUAUUUCAAUUCGGAUGAUUUAAAUUUUACUGCCGCAAUGUGUUAGUCGCGCGUACGAAAUAAAGUGACUCUAUAUGUUAUAACUUGUUUUGUUGUUUCUUCGACAUUGAAUCGAUUUGAACUAAUUUUGAGGGUUGACGGGAAAACUGUCAGAACAAGGGAUCUAGCACUCGAGAUGUUCUUAAAGCAGCGCCAAUGAGAGCUGACUGGCAGUCAAUGGUCCGUGUGACGCGCGAUUCGCCACGCGUGAUGUGCGUCUAUUAUGACAAUGUCCAUAGUAACCGCCUUUUGACAGAUCAAAGAUCAUUACCACACAUUGUUCUCAAAAGACUGAGUCUGCGCAAAGAUCAUGCCCUGCUAAACAAACAACCAGUUAUGUUAAUCAGUUAAUUCAAUUAAUAUUUUGACUGACAAGACUGAUCAUAACAAGUUCCGUGCCAUUGAUUUCAAUAACAUUUGAAAGCGAAAACAAAAUGACAAAAAUCCCUGAUACCAACGUGAUAACUUGUUUCCGUGUGAAAUAAAAUUAGGAAAGGGCGCCUCAUUCUCAAAGUGUUGUUUGUCCUACUUAAAAGCUGUUCGUUGUAGUCAUUGAUUUAUAGGCGGUUUGACUAAUUAUCUGCUGAGUUUUUUAACGUAAUUGAUCAGAAUGAAAAUAGGGGGCACAAGGUCAGGAUCUAGAAACGUUCAGCCUUGCAUAUUUGCAAGCGCAUGAUUUGUUUUAGGCAAUAUGAAAAAGCUCAAAAUGUUGACCUUGUAUGUCAGUUUCUUGACUGUACUUGCUGCUAUUCCUUCUCGAAACCGACUGAAGGUAAUAAGCAGCUUGUUGAGGGAUCAAACCUUAGCCUUAAGGGACAGGAGACUUUUGGACUCUUUGUAAAUGGGUGAUUUGGCUUUCAGCUCACAAGGAAUGAUUAACUAUGGCUUCUGGAGCUGCACCAACAUUCCAUUCCACCAAAGAGACAACUAAUUACGCCCGAUUAUGCCGGCUUCUGGUGGAUGUCGGUACACAUGUCCUGAGAGAAACUUUUGAGAAGACACGUCCACCAGGGAAGCUGGAUACAGUGUUGUCAAGUGCUCCAGUUCACAAAGCUCUACAACUACUUAAGAAAAGAAAGGUUUUGAACCUAUCACAAUGGGGCAAACUGUAUCCUGCUAUCAAAUCGUCAGUUUCAUCGCAGCAUUUCGAUAUCACCCUACUUAUGGUUCUGCUGAGGAACAUUUGUGGCCUUGUUCCUCCGGCAACCGGCUGGAACACACUUCCUCCUGUAGCAGACACAACCCUCGAGGCAGAUAUCAUUCGUAUCAUGUGCUGCAGAAACACAGUUUAUGGUCAUGCCACCAAGGCCUCAGUUGAUGAUGCAACAUUCAGUCAAUACUGGAUGGACAUCCAAGUUGCACUGAUGAGACUGGGAGGAGCAAGAUACCAAAUUGUUGUCGAUGAUCUGGAAAACGAAAGCAUGGACCCUGAAUUUGAGGAACAUUACAAAGAGCUGCUUAAACAAUGGGUAAUGGAUGACGUCAACAUCAAGGAAGGAUUGAAUGAAAUUAAAGAGAUCGUCAGGAAGCUAGAUGAACGGAUGGAAUCCACAUCAAAUCCUGAAAGAAAAGUAGGAGCGGAAGAUGUAGCAGCAUACACAAAUGCAUUGAAAGAAUCAGUCAAAAGCCAAACUGAGUUCCACGCUGUAGCUUCUCCGACUUCGUCUAAGGUAAGAACAGAUGACAUAUUCACAAGUAUCCUAAUACAACACGGACGGAAACCAGUGGGAGACAGUGAUAUGGAAAGAAAGAAACGCCUUCGUCAGUACGGUCAAGUGAGUGAAAAGCCAGUCAAACACUGUCAAGAAAUUUUCAUUUCUGAUACCAAUGGUAGCGAGGAAAGGAAUCCCAAAUCUGUUCUUGUUACUGGGAAAGCAGGAAUCGGAAAAACUCUGUUUUGUCAAAAGUUGAUUCGAGAUUGGGCUGACAACAAAUUGUUUCUAUCGCGAACAAAAUUGCACAAUCCUGAUUUCAAGUUCGCUUAUCUGCUAACAUUUCGUCAACUGAAUUUACUCGGAGACGACUGCGUUACCCUGAGGGAAAUCUUGAAUCGAUCUUCAGCGUUAGACAACCGCUCCAGUAUCGAUAACUCUUUGUUUGAGUACAUUGUUGAUCACCCUGAGGAGGUUUUGAUCAUCAUUGACGGGUAUGACGAGUACGCACAACAACAUUUUAUCGCAAAUGAUUUGGAUGACCGGUAUCCGAAUGACGCUCAUGAGCAAAUGCCAGUAGCCGCUCUGUGUGCCAAGCUACUUAAAGGAAAAAUCUUGAGAGGCUUGGUUGUCACGAUAACAUCAAGACCCGAUGAGUCUGAUGAAAUCAAAGACAAAAUUAGUUUUGACCGAUGCGUGGAAGUUACAGGAUUUUCCGAGCAACAGGUAAAGGAAUACAUCGGAAAGCAUUUCCGAGAAAAUGAAGUCAUAAAGAAUGCUGUAAUGGAUCACAUCACAAAGAAUGACAAUCUUGUCAGCUUUGCCCACAUUCCAGUUCUCUGUUUUCUGAUGUGUUCGUAUUUUGAGUACACGUUAAUAGAAUCGAUGAAUACUGACGCUCUCCCAGUCAACAUGAGUGACAUCUACUUUGAAGUAGUUACUAUGUUUUUGAGGAAACAUUGCAAAAAGGGGGGAACCCCUCCCAAAGUAACACUGGAGAAGUUGUCCAAGUUAGCAGCUGAUUUUCUCUUAGUGAAUAAGUUUCUCUUCGCCGUCGAAGACAUGAAGGACUUUACCGUCGAAGAAGUCGAAAGUCUGAGAGCGAGCGGCCUCCUUCAUUGCGGUCCUAUUUUUAGAAAAACAUUUUCUGAAACGACGAAGUACUUUUGUUUCACACAUUUAACUCUCCACGAAUACUUAGCGGCUCAAUGGUUCGUGGAGAAUAAAAGGAUUCCUUCUCUUAGACAAACGUCAGAAAUGGUAUUCACAUUUAUGUCCGGCAUCUUAUCAAAGCAAAAGGACAAUGAUUUAAUGCAACAGUUGAUUGGAAGACUCGAUCGGCAACCUUUAACAAGCCUGCUAACUUUAAAGUGUCUUGCUGAGUAUCAAGACAUGAAAUUUGCCCAGGAGAUAGUAAAGACACAAUAUAGAAUCGAGGAGCACCAUAAAGACAUAAGAUUUGAAGACGAGUUUGACUGGAUUGCUCUAUCUUUUUUGUUAGAUGUCAUUAGUUCAUUGAAUGAUGCAAAAACUGCUCGAAAGAAUCAAACACUCCUCCAACAGAUACGUAUGCCGUUGGUCCAACGACUGAGUCCCUUUAGGUGCUCGUGUUGUAGAAGGAAUGCAGAGGAAACCGCUGAUAGGAGUCAGCCAUCCCCUUAUCACUUACCUAAACGAUUAACGAUCAACUGGGAUCUUAUAUCUCCGACUGGAUUAAAAAGAAUACGUAAGGCGCUCGAGAACGAUUUAUGUCCCAUCACUGAGCUAGUAGUAGUGGGAUUUGCUGGUUUAUGUAAUUGGGAUUCUACGAUUGGAGAGAUGUUGCCGCUAUCUAAGUUACUUGAACUGCGUUUGCUUGGCAAUGGGGUCACCGAUGCUUCUGUUGUCAGUCUGUGUCAAGCAUUACAGACAGUAACAUGUCAAGUCACCACAUUACAUCUGAGUUAUAGUCUAAUCACUGAUGCUGGUGUUGUCACUCUAUGUCAAGCAUUACAGACAGGAACAUGUCAAGUCACCUCAUUACAUCUAAGCGAAAAUCGUAUCACCGAUGCUGGGGUUGUCAGUCUAUGUCAAGCAUUACAGACAGCAACAUGUCAAGUCACCACAUUAGAUCUGAGCGGUAAUCAGAUCACCGAUGCUGGUGUUUGCAAUCUCUGUCAAGCACUACAAACAGUAACAUGUCAAGUCACUUCAUUAGACCUGAGUGCUAAUCAGAUCACCGAUGCUGGUGUUGUCAGUCUAUGUCAAGUAUUAGAGUCAGGAACGUGCCAAGUCACCGCAUUAGGUUUGAGUUCGAAUUCGAUCACCGUUGUUGGUGAAAUGAGACUAUGUCGUGCAUUACGAACACUGAAUUUUCCAGUCAAGUUACUUGAGCGGCAUAAUUACUUUAUAACCUCCGAGGCUAAUGUUGUAAUCUGUUGAAGAAAUAACUGCAUCUUGACUUGAGCUGUGAUCAAUUCAUAUGGACGCAUAGCAACACUCUAUAAAUAGAACUUCAUUUAUAUACAUAUCUGAAGAAAUGAGGAAUAUAUAUAUUCAAACGAUGGUUAAAAGGAAAAUUACGGAAAUUUAUCGGCACUUUCGAAUCCGGUUUGUAAUAAAAAUUACAAAAUCUAUCAUGCACUUUCGAAUGUUCUUAUUUUUUGUACUAUAUACUUUCAUAGAACCUUUUUAAUACUAACGCCUAGGGACAUUUCGCCGAGAAAUAUUUAUUUUAAAGUGAAAUGUUCGCCGAAUGGUGACAUUAAGAGUAAAUUG